CUCGGCCUCAGCUCCAAGGUCGAUCAUGGCAUCCUCUGCUCACGGAGCCACCACAGCUCCGCCACCAACACCGUCGACGGAACCCAACCGUCACUCCUCUUCCAACGCAGCCGACGCUCUCUCCCGACUACUUCAUCGCCUCCCUCCAACACUCUCUCUCCCACCUCGUCUCUCCCCUCCCACCACCUCUCCUCCAAUCAUCUCCUUAUCUCCACAAAACAACCCUAAUCUCUCCAACGAGGUUCUUUCCUCUUCAUCCCAACUCGGUUUCUUCCAACUCACCAACCACUCAAUCCCCUCCCAACUCGCUCUCUCAGCCGAGUUAGAAUCGCUCUCCCUCCUCAAUCUCCCUACCGACCAAAAACAAAAAUUCUUCCCUAGAAACUGGCCUCUUGGAUUUGACGACGACGACGAAGAAGACGAUGGAGAUGGAAACGGUGAUGUAUCCCUCUGCUUGUCCGCAAAUUGUCCCACCGAGUCAACCGAGUUAAACUUAUCAUCUCUGACCCAGUUCAGUCAAGCUCUGGAAAAAAUUGGUUUGGAGAUCGUGGAAGCGUUAUCGCGAGCCUUAGGGUUCGAGAAUCCUCUGUGUUUAAAGAAAUAGAACCAAGAAUCUCAAUCUCGUCCUUGGAGUUCAUUGAUGUGGAUUUCAGAGGGAGUUGCAGGUAACAAACCGGUAUUUAAUGGUCGGUUUUAUCCUUAUAUAGUGGCACUACAGUAUCAGAUCAGGUGCAGGAAGUAUUCCUUGCUUUCAGAUUCUGGAUGGAUUUCUGUUUCUCCGCAGGUUGAUUCCGUUCUCGUCACCGUGGGAGACAUUGCUCAGGUAUGGAGCAAUGGGAAAUUGAAGAAGGUGAGAGGGACGGCGGUGGCAAGUUUAGGAGACGAAGACAAGUCGCGAUGUAUAUCAAUGUCGUUAUUAGUUACUCUCCCAAUAGAGAGUUCUAUCUCUCCACUCCUUCCUUUGGCACUGACAGUACUGGAGGAUGGUGACGAUGAUGAUGAUCACACUAGAGCCAGAGCCAGAGGUGGUGAAAAGGAAGUUCAAAGCGAUGAUCACCACCACCAAGGAGGUGAGAUGACUGAGAUUGAGAAGAGGGUAUUGUUCCAAACAUUUUGUUUUGAAGAUUACGCUUGGAGAGUUUAUCAUGAAAGGCUACUCUUCAAGGAUCCUCUUGGCAGAUACCGCCUCACCUAGAAGUAUAAAUUUUGUGUAGAUUUGGAUUUCAU